GGUAGGAGGCAUUUGCGUGGAAGCGCAAUUGGCAAACAUCAUCUGUGAGUGAAGGCGCGCUCUGUUCUACGCCUCCAUCCUCCGACCCCGUCCACUCGGAUCCCACAUGGGCGGCCGCAUCGGAUCUCGACCCCUUCCUAGGACCCUUUUUGUUCGACGCCCUUGUGCUCGACGCCCGGAUCUGUUCGGGCCCCUGCCGUCGCGACUUUCUGUUCGACGUCCGGAUUUGGAAGACUCAGCGUUCCCUGGCCGCCCCAACGGGAGGUUCCGGGACUACCGCCGUGCGGGCGGCGACGGCGAGCGUAGCGGAUGGCUGGCGCCCGACCCGGGCCUGCUGGAGCUCCCGCCGGCAUCUCGGGGCUGGCACAGCACGGACUUCGCCGCCGGCGACGUCGCGGUGUUCGGCAUGGACCUGCUGCACACCACGGUGCCGAACACCACCCGCUCCUUCCGGCUGUCGUGCGACACCCGGUGGCAGCCGGCCGCGGCGCCGCCGCCCGCGGGCGUCACCGUGGGCCCGUGGAGGCGUGAGGCGCGGCUGCGGGCGGCCGCGGCGGCCGCAGCGCGGCGCCCCUCCGAGCCUGCCUCCGACGGCUCCCCCGCCCCGAGGGCCGAGGUCGUGGGCGCCGCGCCGGGGCGGAUGGGGCCGCCUGGGGCCGAGUUUGAUCCGCCCCAUCGGUUGGCAAAAAGGUGCUGUCAAUCGUCAUCGGUCGCGUCUGCACUGUGGACCGCCCAGGCCGCCGCAGAUGGACGGGCCUCGGCCGAUUGAGGUGGUGACGAACCUCAGCUGCCAUGCAUGAUUCGCCCGUGCUGAGGCGCAACGCCAGCCGCUUUCAAAACGUCCGUGUCAACACUGCGCGUUUUGAAACAGCGUGUUUUUCCACGCUUCGGUUCCGUGUUGCGAACUGGUGCAACUAAGCCCCUCGCUUCGAUGGCCGAGGUCGCGGGCGACGAGCAUGUUCCAUACCGUCGCGGCUUGGACACCAAGGCUCCAAGG